AUGAAGGAUAGCAUCACCAACCCGCCAAAGAAGGACCCGAAUUCGAUCAUGACUGUAGCUGACCAAGGUCAGGGAGGUCUUGAGGCAAAAACCCGAUCAAAUUUGACCACUCAAUCGUCAAUUGCUCUGACCAAGGAUAAUCCUGCCAUCACGACUCCCAAGCGCAAGCAACCCCCUCCUUCCAAAACCGCCGAGGAUGGCGCAGUGCAAGGACAAUCGCCUGUUGCCUACAUCACAAAACUCAAGGUGUCACAGUUUUGCAGGCUCGACAAGACGGCUUGGAGACAGGAGGUUUUUGCUCUUGCAACAGCCCAACGCGUUAUCACUACUGACAAAAAGUCGCCUCGCUUUUGGGAAUUUUUGCUUGUGUUUGACCCGACGUUAAUUGUUCAAUUCCCUGCUAUCAAUCCUCACAUUGUGGAGGAAUUUGAGCGACUCAAAGGAGAGCCAACACUAGCCAAAGCUCAGUCCAAGUUUAAGAAGCGACUCGCAUCCACGCCAGCGAACCUGAAAGGUGCCAAGGCACACGAUUCUCCCAAGAACCUCAUUUUCAUCUUAGACACGCCCGACUUUUUUGUCAUCGCCGAGGAUGCCUUCGCAUUGAUAGAUUUGCCCAUGGUGCCACGCGUGAAGAAUGGAUGGCCUGGAGGGAGAGGGCAGUUCAGUGGCACGGCCAGUACCGGCCUGUGGUGGGGGACAAUAACCGAUUCCAGUCCUCCAGACGGUCAGUCCAUGGCCCCAAGGGCUGUUGUAGUGGGUGAUGUGGACCGUUGGAGGCAAGCAAGGCUCUGGACAAGGUGGUCUGCCACAGGACCCAGUGUUGCCUUGUUGGGCGAGCUGUCCUUGGCCAUUGGUAUGGCGAGCGGCAGCACUCAUCCCUGA